UCUGCCGUUCCCCGCUGCCGCUGCUCCGAAGGAGGUGCUGAAACCAUAUAGAUCUCGCUCUGUUACCUCUACCACCGCCGACAUUUGCAGCCAUUUUACACAAGCCGAACGGAAUCAUGUCGUGAGGCAUCACAUCACCUGGGACGACCGGACCCAGCUACGUCUGGACCGCGACAAGUCGACAAGAUGGUGAAGCGGAAAAGCCUGGAUGAGACCGACACGGAGUGCGGCAAGGGUAUACCGUUCCCGAUCCAGACCUUCUUGUGGAGGCAGACCAGCGCGUUUCUGAGGCCGAAGUUGGGGAAACAAUAUGAGGCAUCUUGUGUGUCCUUUGAGCGGGUGCUGGUGGAAAACAAGCUCCACGGUCUCUCCCCGGUGCUGUCGGAGGCCAUCCAGAGCAUCUCUCGCUGGGAGCUGGUCCAGGCCGCCCUGCCCCACGUGCUCCACAGCACCGCCAUCCUGCUCUCUAACAGGAACAAGCUGGGUCACCAGGACAAGCUGGGCGUGGCGGAGACCAAGCUGCUCCAUACCCUCCACUGGAUGCUACUGGAGGCGGCCCAGGAGUGCAACCAGGAGCCCAGCCUGGGCCACGGAUGGUCGGGGGGCAGCAGCAGCUCAGCCUUCCUCCAGCCAAUGGGGAUUGGGAACCAGGGUUCCCCGCCAGCCAGAGGUGGCCCAGGAUCAGGCACCGGUUCUGGGUCAGGAGCGCCACGCUGUAGCGGGUCCCUGGAGGAGGAUGAGCACGCCCGCACCAAGCUCUUCCACAAGAGCAUGGCCACUGUGGAGCUGUUUGUCUUCCUCUUUGCUCCCCUCAUUCACCGCAUCAAGGAGUCUGAUCUGACUUUCCGAUUGGCCAGUGGUCUCAUCAUAUGGCAGCCAAUGUGGGAGCACCGGCAACCUGACGUCCCCGCCUUCUCUGCCCUCAUCAAGCCUGUGAGGAACAUUGUGACAGCCAAGAGGAACUCCCCGGUGAACAACCAGUGUAGCCCCUGUGGGUCCAGAAACCAAGGCCCCAUGGGCUUCCAGGUGGUCUGUGAAACGGCCCAAUCAGAUUCAUCCUCCCCCGGGGCUGGAGAGCAGAGCUGUCGCCGCGGCAACUCAGUAGAAAGAGGUGGGCCGUCAACGCGACAGGCUCCACUCGACAAAGGGAUCGCCAAGAAGAAGACCUCUGCCCCAGCGGGCAUCUCCGUCUCCCUGGCCCAGCGUGCCCGCUACGCCACCUACUUUGACGUGGCAGUCCUGCGCUGCCUGCUGCAGCCCCACUGGACGGAGGAGGGGGUGCACUGGGCCCUCAUGUUCUACCUGCAGCGCCUGCGUCAGAUCCUGGAGGAGCGCCCGGAACGCCCGCCGGAGCCACUGGUCCCGCCCCUGCCCCGCCCUCGCAGCAGCUCCAUGGUGGCCACCGCCCCCUCUCUCGUCAACACCCACAAGACUCAGGACAUGAGUCUGAAAUGCAAUGAGGAGGAUAAGUCCCUCAGCUCAGAGACCUUCUCUAAGGUGUCCCUGACCAACCUGCGCAGACAGGCUGUACCCGACCUUUCCUCUGACCUGGGGAUGAACCUCUUUAAAAAGUUCAAGAACCGGCGGGAGGACCGUGAGCGUAAGGGCUCCAUCCCGUUCCACCACACGGGCAAGAAGCGCCAGCGCCGCAUGGGUGUGCCCUUCCUGCUUCACGAGGACCACCUGGAUGUGUCCCCCACCCGAUCCACCUUCUCCUUCGCCAGCUUCUCUGGCGAUGACCGGCGGGCGCUGGAGCGCGGGGGCUGGCAGGCUACCAUCAUGGGUAAGUUGACGCGGCGAGGGAGCACAGACACGGCUGCAGACACAGACAACCUGAGUGCUAAACACUCACACUCCCAUCACUCCCUGCUCAGAGACAUGCCAGACCACUCCAACAGCCACGGAGACAACACCGUUCACGCCAAGGGGGAGGUGCGUUCACAGAUCUCCACCAUCACCAUGGCGACGUUCAACACCACAGUAGCGUCCUUCAACGUGGGCUAUGCCGACUUCUUCACCGAGCACAUGAAAAAGCUGUGUAACCCUGUACCCAUCCCAGAGAUGCCCCACGAGACGCUGGCGUGCGCCAACCUGCCCCGGAGCUUCACCGACUCGUGUAUCAACUACUCGUGCCUGGAGGAGGGAGACAACAUCGAGGGCACCAACAACUUCAUCCUGAAGAAUGGCAUGCUGGACCUUACGGCCAUCCUGCGGGCGGUCUACGCCGUGCUGACCCACGACAUUAGCUCACGGAUCUGUGACGUGUCGCUCAACAUCAUCGACUGCCUGCUGCAGCUGGGGGUAGUGCCGGGCAUGGGAAAGAAGCUCUCCAAGCCCGACGACAAGGAGAACGAUGAGACACGCCUCCCGAAGGAGGGGGCCAAUCAGAGCCUGAGUGGCACCCAAGGGGGCGUGUCUGGAGGGUGCAGCGGGGCGGCACCAGGAGGAGGGGGUGGAGGAGGAGGAGGGGGGGAUGGAGGAGGAGGAGGUGGGGGAAGUGGAGGAGGGAGCGGAGGAGGGAGUGGAGGAGGAAGCAAGGACGACGUGAAGAACAAUAAGGAGAAAGACAGCAAGGAGGACGGCUCUUCACUGAGUACCCACAGGCUGGCUCUUACCAUGCUGAUCAAGAUGGUCAAGUCUCUGGGUUGUGCCUACGGCUGUGGGGAGGGCCACAGAGGACUCUCAGGGGACCGGCUCCGCAUGCAGGCCCAGAACUGCCUGACCAACCUGUACAAGCUGGACAAGUUGCAGUUCCGUCAGACCAUGAGGGACUACGUCAACAAGGACUCGCUCAACAACAUUGUGGACUUCUUGCACGCACUCCUGGGCUUCUGCAUGGAGCCCAUCACCAACAAGUACGGCAGUGCAGGUGAGAGGUCCAGGAGGGUGAAAAAAAGAACCAUCGAUAAGGCCGGGUUCGGGAACAACUUCACCACGGGGGACAACAAGUCACUGGCCCAGAACAUGGAGGCAGUGGUGGUGGGCUGCAUGUUCAAGUCUCUGAUCACUCGCUGUGCCUCCACCACGCAUGAGCUGCAUAGCCCUGAGAACCUGGGUCUGUACUGUGACAUCCGCCAGCUGGUGCAGUUCAUCAAGGAGUCCCAUGGCAACGUGUUCCGCAGGGUGGCAUUGAGCGCGCUCCUGGACUCGGCCGAGAAAGUGGCCACCACUAAGAAGCCAGAGGAGAAGGAGGAGCCUAUCACCAAACCUACAGCAUCCAGGAGGUCAGAGGCAGGUGUGUCUGGGGAAAAGGGAGGGCAGCCGUCCACCGCUGCAGACGAGUGCCGCAGCUGCAUAUCCAGCCGCCCCCCCCAGACACCAGAGCAUGAUGAACAGAUUCCGGGGGCUCUGCUGGGCAAGAAGGACUUCUGGAGGAAGAUGUUCAAGUCACAGAGUGCUGCCAGCGACACCAGCAGCCUAUCAGAGCAGGACACGUCAGAGUGCACCACCGCCCACUCGGGCACCACCACGGACCGACGCACCCGCUCACGCUCCCGACGCAUCUCUCUGCGCAAGAAGCUCAAGCUGCCCAUCGGUAACUGGCUUAAGCGGUCAUCUCUGUCUGGGCUGACCGACGGGGUGGAGGACUUGUUGGACAUCAGCUCUGUGGACCGACUCUCCUUCAUCCGCCAGAGCUCCAAGGUGAAGUUCACCAGCAACGUGAAGCUGUCAGAGUGCGGAGGGGGAGCGGGGGGCGUGGAGUACGGCCGGGACGAGGAGGAGAAUUUCUUCAAGCGGCUCGGUAAAUGGCGGUCUGGCAGGCGGAACCCAUCCAAGCUUCACCACACAGAAGAGAAAGAUGGGCCCCAGGGGUUCCAGGAGCGCCUGGCAGCCAGCCAGGAGGCCAUGAAGAACAAGAACGUGGUGAACCUGACCGCCAUCCGCCAGGGCAUGAAACGCUUCCAGUUCCUGUUGAACUGCUGCGAGCCAGGCACCAUCCCUGACGCAUCCAUCCUGGCUGCUGCGCUCGACCUGGAAGCUCCCGUGGUUGCCAGAGCCUCCCUGUUCCUGGAGUGUGCCCGCUUCGUCCACCGUUGUAACCGUGGCAACUGGCCCGAGUGGAUGAAGGGUCACCACGUGAACAUCACCAAGCGGGGUCUGUCUCGGGGGCGCUCGCCUGUGGUGGGAAACAAGAGGAACCAGAAGCUCCAGUGGAAUGCAGCCAAGCACUUCUGUCAAUGGGGAGAUGCCAUUGGUACACGUCUCAGUGAGCUCUGCCACUCAGACAGCGAGAGUCCUGCCAACAUCCUGGGUUUUAUCUAUGACGAGGAGACCAAGCGAAGAUUGAGAAAGGAGGAUGAGGAGGAGGACUACUUAGAUGACAAUACAGUCAACCCAACAAAAUGCGGCUGUCCAUUCGCUCUCAAGAUGGCCGCCUGCCAGUUACUGCUGGAGAUCACCACGUUCCUCAGAGAGACAUUCCCCUGCCUCCCCCGGCCACGCACAGAGCCCCAAGUGGAUUUGGAGAGCUGUCGAUUGAGGCUGGACCCUGAGCUGAGUCACCACCGUUAUGAGAGGAAGAUCAGCUUUGCCGGUAUCCUAGACGACGAGGACGGCCACGACUCUUUGAACAGCAGCAGCCACACACUCAAGUCUGACACGGCCUGCGACGACAAGAAGGCCCAGGAGCCUCUGGCUCCCAUCAGGAAGAGUCGCGCCGGGGGCUCUCGCCUGCUGCAGAUCAAGGGGGCUAGGAGUUUCAGGGUGAAGAAGGGGGGCUCUCUGUCCUCCAUCCGCCGGGCCGGCAGCCUGAAGAGCACCAAGAUGUCCCGCCAAGACUCAGAGUCAGAGAACGAGGAGGGACUGCUGUCCCAGAGCAGGGACACUGUCACUGACAUAGGAAGUCCAUGGAGCACCAGUGAACCCAGUAUUGAGCCGGAGGGUUCAGGAGGCACCGGCGGAGCAGAGGACAACUACCACCGUAACAUGUCCUGGCUACAUAUCAUGAUUCUGCUGUGCAACCAGCAGAGUUUCAUCUGUACCCACGUGGAGUUCUGCCACCCACGCUGCUACCAGCACCACAGCCGCUCCUGUGCCCGCCUGGUGCGUGCCAUCAAGCUGCUCUACGGGGAGACAGUGGACAGCCUGAGAGAAGACAGUGCAGGGAACAUCAGUAGCCGGUCCAAGAAAAACAAGGAGUGGUCAGACAAGUCAAGUCUGAGGACCCCGUCCAUGAAGAGACGCCCCAAAGACUCCAACACCGAGGGCAAGAAGGACACGGGCAUGCUCAAGUACAUCCGCAACCAGGUGAUGAGCCUGUCCCCAGCUCCUCUGUCACUGCUGAUCAAGGCGGCGCCCAUCCUGACAGAGGACAUGUACGCAGACGUCCAGCCUGCAGCCUGGGAGCUCCUGCUGAGUGUGGACGAGCAUAUGGCUGCCGCUGCAGCUGCCAUGUUCUUGCUGUGUGCGGUGAAGGUGCCUGACGCGGUGACAGAGAUGAUGAUGGCUGAGUUCCAGCACGCUGAGGCGAGCCAGCGCAUCAACUCGGUGUUCAAGUUCUACACGCUGUGGCGCUUCCGCUACCAGGUGUGGCCGCGCAUGGAGGAGGGUGCCCAGCAGAUCUUCAAGAUCCCUCCGCCCAGCAUCAACUUCACCCUGCCCUCACCUAUCCUGGGCAUGCCCUGUGUGCCCAUGUUUGACCCGCCCUGGGUACCCUCCAACACUGGCAGCGUCCAAGACCCAAUCAACGAGGACAACUCUAAAUCUUUCUCGGCGCGGGCCGUGUCGCGCUCCCACCAGCGUGCAGAGCACAUCCUGAAAAACCUGCAGCAGGAGGAGGAGAAGCGUCGUCUUGGGCGCGAGGCCAGCAUCAUCACAGCCAUCCCCGUGGCCCAGGAGGCCUGCUACGAACCCACCUGCAGCCCCCCGCCCGAGCAGGAGGAGGAAGAAGAAGAGGUCAAUCUGGCGUCUCGCCGCAUGUCCGUCACUCCGUCCUGCACCUCCAGUAACUCUCACAGGAACUACUCCUUCCGCCGCGGCUCCGUGUGGUCAGUCCGCUCCGUGGUCAGCGCCGAGGAUGAGGAGAACACUACGGAGCACACGCCCACUCAUCACAUGCUGCAGCCCCCCCAGGCCGUCUUCCCAGCAUGCAUCUGUGCCGCCGUCUUACCCAUAGUGCACCUGAUGGAGGACGGGGAGGUGCGAGAGGACGGUGUGGCAGUGAGUGCAGUGGCCCAGCAGAUCCUGUGGAACUGUCUGAUCGAAGACCCCGCCCUGGUGCUCAGGCACUUCCUGGAGAAGCUCACCGUUAGCAAUCGACAGGACGAGCUGAUGUACAUGCUGAGGAAGCUGUUGAUGAACAUCGGUGACCUCCCAGCCCAGACCUCUCACAUCCUCUUCAACUACCUGGUGGGGCUGAUUAUGUACUUUGUGCGUACUCCGUGUGAGUGGGGUAUGGAUGCCAUCUCGGCCACGCUGACCUUCCUGUGGGAGGUGGUGGGCUACGUGGAGGGGCUCUUCUUCAAGGACCUCAAACAGACCAUGAAGAAGGAGCAGUGUGAGGUCAAGCUGCUGGUCACUGCAUCCAUGCCAGGAACCAAGACCCUGGUAGUGCACGGGCAGAAUGAGUGUGACAUUCCUACCCAGUUGCCUGUACAUGAAGACACUCAGUUUGAAGCCUUGCUCAAGGAGUGUUUGGAGUUCUUCAACAUUCCCGAGUCUCGGUCGGCACACUACUUCCUCAUGGACAAGCGCUGGAACCUCAUUCACUAUUCCAAGACCUUUGUGAGGGACAUCUAUCCGUUCAGGAGGUCUGUGUCUCCCCAGCUCAACCUGGUCCACAUGCUGCCAGAGAAAGGACAGGAACUCAUUCAGAAACAGGUGUUUUCCCGUAAACUGGAGGAGGUGGGCCGUGUUCUAUUCCUCAUCUCCCUGACCCAGAACAUGCCGGCCAUCCACAAACAGUCCCAUGUGUCCAUGCUCCAAGAAGACCUGCUCCGCCUGCCCUCCUUCCCCCGCACGGCCAUCGACGGAGAGUUCUCUCUCUUCAGCGAGCCACAGGGCAAGGAGCUCUUCGGCCUGGACACUCUCCACAAAGUCCUGUGGAUCAAACUACUAGAAGAGAUGUUUCUGGGCAUGCCCAGUGAGUACCCGUGGGGGGACGAGAUCAUGCUCUUCCUGAACGUGUUCAACGGUGCCCUGCUGCUGCACCCCGAGGACAGCGCCCUCCUCAGGCAGUACACGGCUACUGCCAUCAACACGGCCGUUCACUUCAACCACCUGUUCUCCCUGAGUGGAUACCAGUGGCUCCUCCCCACCAUGUUGCAGUCCUAUGCUGACUAUGAGAGUAACCCGCUGCUGAGACAGGGGAUAGAGUUCUGCGUCAGACAGUUCUACAUCCUGCACCGUAAACCCUUCAUCCUCCAGCUGUUUGCCAGCGUGGCCCCUCUGCUGGAGUUCACAACGUGCACCAGUACAGGCCUGUCUAAGGGGGUGUCUGCUCAGUGCCUGUUUGACCUGCUGGUCUCUCUGGAGGGAGAGACGCGUGAUACCCUGGAUGCCCUGGAGCUGGUCAAGGCUGAAAAACCCCUACGAUCCCUGGACUUCUGCUAUGGUAGUGAGGACCUGGCCUUCUCCAUCAGUGAGUCCAUCAAGCUGUGUGUGACGGUGGUGGCCUACGCCCCAGAGUCUUUCAGGAGCCUACAGAUGCUGAUGGUGCUGGAGGCCCUGGUGCCAUGUUUUCUCCAGAAGCUGAAGAGCAACACCAUGACCAUGGAGUCAGCCUCGGCAGCGCGGGACGAGAUCGCCGCCAUCGCCGCCCUGGCCACCUCCCUGCAGGCCCUGCUCUACAGCUCAGAGACCCUCACACGGCCUAUGACUGCCCCACAGUUGAGUCGCUGUGACCAGGGACACAAAGGUGCAACGACUGCCAACCACGCCAUGUCUGGAGGGCCCAACACCAGUCGCCUUGUGUCCGGCAUCAGGGACAACCUUCACCUGUUGGAGGAGGGCCAGGGGAUGCCUCGCGAGGAGAUGGACGAGCGUAUCGCCCGUGAGGAGUUUCGCCGGCCCCGGGAGUCCCUCCUGAACAUCUGCACUGAGUUCUACAAACACUGCGGCCCGCGCCUCAAGAUCCUGCAGAACGUGGCCGGGGAACCCCGUGUCACCGCCUUAGAGCUGCUGGACAUCAAGUCCCACAUGAGAUUGGCAGAGAUCGCCCACUCCCUCCUCAAGCUGGCCCCCUACGACAGCCUGACCAUGGAGAGCCGAGGCCUGCGGCGCUACGUCACUGGGAUGCUGCCCAUCACCGAUUGGUCGUCCGAGGCCGUGCGGCCCGCCCUCAUCCUCAUCCUGAAGCGGCUUGACCGCAUGUUCAACAAGAUCCACAAGAUGCCUACGCUCAGGAGACAGGUGGAGUGGGAGGCGGCCAGUAGUCUGAUUGAAGGUAUCUGUCUGACUCUCCAGCGUCAGCCAAUCAUCUCCUUCCUCCCUCACCUCCGCUCCCUCAUCAAUGUCUGUGUCAACCUGGUGAUGGGGGUAGUAGGCCCCUCCAGUGUGGCUGAUGGGCUGCCCCUGCUCCACCUGAGCCCGUAUCUGUCCCCCCCUCUACCCUUCAGCACAGCAGUGGUCCGCCUGGUGGCUCUGCAGAUACAGGCUUUGAAGGAUGACUUCCCCCUGAGCCAUGUGAUCUCCCCCUUCACCAAUCAGGAGAGGCGAGAGGGCAUGCUGCUCAACCUGUUGAUUCCAUUCGUGCUGACAGUGGGUUCAGGGAGCAAAGACUCCCCACACCUGGAGCAGCCUGAGGUCUCUCUGCUCCUGCAGACGGUCAUCAACAUCCUCCUCCCCCCGCGCAUCAUCAGCACGUCCCGGACCAAGAACUUCAUGCUGGACACGUCCCCCGCCCACUGCUCCACCCCGGGGGACCAGGGCAAGGACCUGAGGAGAGAGGGCCUGGCCGAGUCCACCAGUCAGGCUGCAUACCUGGCUCUAAAGGUGGUGUUGGUUUGUUUUGAGAGGCAGCUGGGGAACCAGUGGUAUCGCCUCAGCCUGCAGGCCAAGGAGAUGUCUCUGAGGAAGGUGGGAGGCCUGGCCUUCUGGGACUUCAUAGAUUUCAUAGUGCGUACUCGGAUUCCCAUCUUCGUCCUGCUGCGUCCCUUUAUCCAGUGCAAG